UCAGAAAUGAGACAGUGCUGCAUUACAUAGGGGGGAUGAUAGCCAUGCCAUGUCCGGCGUGUGUCCCACAUCUGUACCUGAUCGGCAAUACAUGUAUGUUUCUUGCUCUGUCCGCUCGUCAACAGCCAAGUAAACAUCCAUGAAGCGACCUACCAUGCCCCACGCCAGUUUGUUUCACGGCCUGAUGGCGAAAAAAAACUAUCACAAACGUUCCCAUAAUAGGUGAAUCAUCGGAAAAAAGAAAAAGCAAAGGGAUAAAAAAAAACUCCCCGCAUGCAUUCAUCCAUUCUCUUUGUUUCUUUCGCCUGGUGGGUGUCUCGCUGCCGUUGGCGUGCAGACCAGAAGCACACAUACUAAACGAGCCCACGAAGGGCCGCGCUAUUGCGGCCGCAAACAAAAGAGACACUACGCGGGACGACAAGAGCCAAAAGGCUUGAAGCGUUUCAACCGCAAACAGUGGCUUAAAGCACAGGGCAAGAGCACCAAAAAGACACAAGAGAAAACAGGCAGACAGACAGAUCAAUCAGCCGUGGUGGUGGUAGUGGUGUUGCGUCUUGCGCUCUUCCUUGCGCAGCAUGCCGGCGUAGCGACCCAGCAUCAUGACGGUCGCCUGGGGAUUCAUCCGAGGAACCUGCAGCCGGCCACCAUGUCUGUGUGUUGUCCUUGACUCAAUCGAUAUACCGCUCACUCACCUGUGGAAAGACAGACGAGUCGCAUAUCGAGAGGUUCUCGAUGCCCUUGACGCGAAAAUCACUUGAUGUCACGGUACCCAUAGCCGCCGACCUGCCGAUAUACAGACAACAAGAAAGUGUGUAUUCCACUCCAGAUAGACGGACACAUAUGAUAGGUAUGCUUGCACAUGUCUCACCCCGCCCAGUGCCAAAUGGAGCUGCCGUGCGCUUUGAUGUAUGUCUCAAGCCCUUUUUUGCUCAUGUCUGCACAAUAUACACACACAACACACACACACACACACACAGAGAGAGAGAGAGAGUAGGCACAGACAUGAUUUGUCUCUGUUGUCGGUCGACAACGCACCCAAAGGAAGCGGCGGGAAUAUCGCAUAUCGAUUGGCUUUGCGCAGCUGCGCCUCUUCCAGGUGUUUCUCGGUGCAAGGCCCCCACAGGGCACAAUCAGGGUGAUGACUCGCAUCCUUAUGGCCACUCUCGUCCUUUCCCUUUUCCUGCAGGACACACACUUACACGUACAAUGAAGGCAACAGGCGGUGGAUGGACCCAACAGAAGCCUCUCUCCUGACUGACAGGGAUAAUGGGCGCCAUGGCAGCCUGCAGGUCCUCUCUCAGGUAGUUGGCCAGCUGGGAUUGCAGACCUCGCCAAUCAGCGAGCCCGUCGGGUCGCACCUUCUCCAUCAACUGCAUCUUGUCCUUAACCAGGCCCGUCAGCGGCGCUUCUUCGAGGGCACGUUUCGGGUCAGGCCGAUCUUGUAUGCCCAAGAACUCCCAUAUCGAUGGGAUUCUUGGGUAAUCCGGCUUCGUUGCACGAUAGACCGCUGCCAGGUCCUGUGUGAGACAAACACUAAAGCUUGUGCAGACACGCGCUCGUCAGUUUCCGUUUCAUCCGUAUGUCCGUACCAGUGCCUCGUCCGAUCCAGGGACAAGAUUUCGUGUGCCGAUCAUUAUGAGGUUCAUUAGUGAGUUCAACACGAGAAAGGGGCAUGACAGCGGCCCGCCCGGCUGCAAAAUGUCGUCGAAUUUGCCCGUGGCGAGUAUCUACACACACACACAAACGCGAGAACGACAUUAUGAUACACACAGAACUGCACGUGCAAGCGUCUGCUGGGAUCUCCUUCACUGACUUUGAGUGUGUGUUUCAUGCCCUGGACGGCAGCGUUCAGGUCCUCUCCCUGCGGAUCACCCCAGUAGCCGCCAGAGACCACCGGCUCGCCUGAACACGCAUAUAUACAUACAUGCAUACACGCUUUUAGUGUGACUGGUGAAGUACCUCUUUCGUUGAUGGUCACAUAACCGCGGGUUUUCGGCACGGUGGGAAAGGAGACCAUACCGACCGCUUUUCUGACAGAGUGGAACGAUGUGAGUAGGACGGAACGUUCAUGCUGCAUAGGUACAGGUAGUACUUGAUGCAAUUAAGGCUCGGGAGCAGUGGCAGACAGAGUGGAUUGAACAUGGUCGACGACAUUGUGGACGAUAUGCACUCCUCCAAUACCCGUAUCAGCAAAUCAGCCUCGCUGAGUACAUCAUACCGUCAAGGUUAUCAGGUGAGACACAUCCAUACGUGUCUCCACAGUGUGUGUAUGUGAUCGACUUACGGUGUAGCCCGAAGGGCCGGAGGGAGGAUGAGUUGAGCGCACGUCAGGAAUCCCUCUACGGCCCUCACUCCGCUGAACUCCUCAGAGUUCAGCCACCCACAAUCCAAACUCGUAUCGAGGACACUGCACCCAUCCAUUGAUUCGCAAACAUGGCGCCCAUUAGAGCAGUGCCACGCAUACAUGUGUUUACUUGUAAUCGAGUUUCUUCUUGUCGUGGCAGUCGCCGAAUCGCUUGAAGCCCGCCAUUUGCGCCCCUGUGCCCUUGAAGCCGUCAGGGCCAGGCACAGGCGCAUCGAAGAAAGUAGCGAUGAACGUCUUACUCCGAUCGUGAAGGUUCUGGCCCAGCUCAGGUAUGUCGAGCACCAGCCCGCCUUUCUCCCCUCUGGCUGCCAUCGCCUUCUCGACAGCAUCCCUGGGCCCCACACCGCUUUUCAUCAACAGCAAAGGCGUGAAGAUCGCUCCAGCACACAGGAAGAUCUCGCCACCAGGGCGGAUACAUGCGCGCAUCACCUCGUGUCUCUCCUCUUUGCCCUUUUUGUCAUCGUAUAUGUCCUCCAGCAAGAGCUCGUUCACCCGUGAGUCGAUCGGCUUCGGCUUCCUUGGCGAUUUGACAACCUGCACACAGGUGGCUUGCGGCUUGCCCUUGUGGCUGGUAUCGAACUCCACUCGGGUGACGGUGGCGCGAGUUUUGAUUUCCAGACGGACACCCUUCUGGUUGGACAGUAAGACAUCAGAGGCAAGUCGCUCCCGGGUCGGCGCCAUUUCAUCGCCAUCGUUCAAGAAAAGUGAUAGGCUGUUCCACGAGCCUUCCACGGCCUGGGCUCUGGGGCCAACGGCAGGAGAGAAUCCCACCUCCUCAUUCGCCUCCGCCCAUGCGCUGCCGUAUCUGAAACAAAAACGUGAACAUAUACGGACACACUUGCUGUAUCGCCGUUUGGUGGAUGGCGUGACUUGACUUACGGUUCUGAGAAUCCCAUUGGGGUGGCGACUUGUUCGCGGACCCACUCAAACGCCUGAGAGGGGGAUGUAUAAGUGAGACACGGCAUUGGUCGUUGGUCCUCGCGAGAGGCGUGCAGGAUUUUUCGCUUACAUUGUCGACAAUCCUUUGAUCGAAGUUCGCCCCUUUCGCCCGCAGUGCGUCGAAGUACUGAGCGUUUUCCUCGAUAUAGACGCCUGCACUCUACAUAUUGUAACAAUACCUAGGCAGGCAUCAUGUGCUCGUCUCUCUCCUGUGUGUGUCUACGUGGAUUGGUACCAAAGCAGUGCCGCCAGAGAGCACGUUGGCGAGCUGCGUGAUGUGGUUCUCGGUUGUGACGAGAUCCUGACUGAUCUCGGGGUUGCGCAGCCCUAUACCAAGGCCUGCAAUGAUCUUGCCCUCCCAAUUCUCACUCCUGUAGCCACCCCUCUCCAGAAGGAGCACAUCAGUGUCACCGUCUUCAGCAAGGGUGGCAGCAAGGGGGGCUCCGGCAGCCCCACCACCAACCUGCCAUCGGCAGCUGCGUGUCACAACACCGUGUUUGGUGUGCUUGUGCGUCGUUCGUACCACGAUGUAAUCAUAGAGUCUGGGCUCGUCUUUGUGCAAGUCUUUGUGAUGGGCUUUGCCACGAUCGCUGCGCUGGCUCAAUGCGGAGCGGCUGAGGAUGGCCCAGAUGAGGGCAAGGAAGACGUAGAGGGGCUGACCCAUCGGGAAAAGAGGGAGAGGAGGGAGGGAGAAUCUACCGAGCGGGGGACCAUGGGCGGGCUUGGUGGGGGCGUCGCAGAUCUGAUCGCACGAUCCAAAAGAUC